AACCCACAAGGCUACAUGUAGAGAUUGAUGAGAUGAUGCUGAAUGCUAAUAUUGAAUAGGUGAUUUACUCACCCACUCAAGGGAAAGAGGGGAAAAUUACAAUUACAGUAAUUGAAAAGAAAAAUUAGAACAAAUUGCAAGAAGGAUUAAACAAAGAAGCACCCAAAAGGAAGUAAAGAACCGGUCAAUAAUAUAUAUGAAGCCAAAUAUAGAGCGUAGCUUAUACUUGUAGACAUGUUGAAUAGAUGAAACCAUUUGCAUAACCUUUGUAGUUCCAUUCCUCACUCCCCCAUCACCUACUCUAGUUCUAUCCAUCAUAGGUCUUCCAGCAACAAAUUCGAACACAAAAAAUAAAACAGUUGAAUACCAAAACACAGACUUGGCAGUACUAAAUGCAAUUUGGUUAAAAAUACUAUGUGCACUGCAAAUUGUAAUGAAGCGAAACUAAAUGUGUUUCUCAUAUGAAUCAACAAAUCAGAGAUGAAAUAUAGAGAUAAGGGUAAUCCUAAGCUGGGUUAUUCGGCCGAUUUGAGCUGCCCACUCACUCCUAGAAGCAUUUGUGUUUAAAAAUUAACAUACAGAAAGCACUAGUUUUACCUAAAAUUAAGAUGGAAUGCUUGUUCUAAAAAACAAGACUAACAAUCAGUCCCAUCAAGAAUCCACAGAUAUACACACAAAACUCAAAUCUUCAACAUCAGCAGCUCCAUGAGGUAUAUCCCAAGUGCAGAAACAUACGCAUAAUUAAAUACCUCAUGGAGCUGCUGAGGAUGAUAAGCUGAUGGCAUGGCGAGAUUGAGGGUGAUAGUGGUCUUUUUGAUCAAAUUAUGAAACAUGUGCACUGCAUGUGAGUGCAGUAAUUAUAAAUUUACUGACCGUUGGCCUUUGUUUUUUGGUAUUCCUGACAUAAACAGAGCGUGUUUAAAUACCCAGUUGGACAUCCACACGCGGUGGUCAGCAGACGCUCUUCAAUUUCUGAUCUCUCUCCCUCUCAACUCUUCGUCACUUUCAGAUUGCAUGACCCCUUUUCUCUAUCUUUUCCUCUCCCCAGAAUAAAUCAAAGAAGUCUCCGUCUUCUCUGAAGAUGGUCGAGCUAUGGAGGAGAGAGAAAGGAACCUUCUGAUGAUCGGCAUCAAAAACGUGAGCGAGAGGAGAGAGGACCUUUGAGUUGUCAACGGUGGGCGUCGACAUCGAUUGGUCAGAACUCAGAAACGAGAGGGAAAUGAGAGAGGCAGCAAGAGUAGUGGAGAGAGAGAUCGAUGUCGACCGAUUUGACUGCCUAGCCCAAACCCGCCUAAAUUGCAAACGAUUUUCUAACCAUUUUUAGUCAUUAAUCCGGGCGGCUAUGCACCUUCCAGCGCCUAGAGCCAUUUUGUACACUAGUGCAGGUGGUGUCUCUGUCCAUUAUUUUCAUGGGGCAACCUAAGUACCUAACUUUCUUGUUUUCUCAUACACGCACGUCACAGAAAUCUGGUACUUUUCCAUGUCCACAUUAAAUUUUAGGUGUUUGUGACAGAGAAGAGAAUCACUUUCAUAUGAAAUUUGUUCACCAGAUUUGUGAUUGAAGGUUCUCCUUCUUCUUAUGUUUCUGAAAACACUAUUGACAUGUGUUGUUGAAAAUGCAAUACCAUUUAUCAAUAGCUACCAAAGUUCUCCUCCUCUUUCUCUUUUCUACGAACUUCAAUUGUUCAAACACUCAGUCAUGGAUCAAAGCCGGUUACCAUUACACAGGGGUUGAUAAUCGAUUCUUUGUUUCUGACAUAGAUUCCACAUUGUUCACUCACCUUAUAUGUGGUUUUGCCCAUAUAAACUCUUCCACUUACCAGCUCUCAAUCGACUCCUCCGCCAAAAAAGAAAUCUCCACUUUCACAAAUUUUGUCAAGCGCAAAAACCCAGAAGUCACAGCCUUGCUAUCCAUCUGGGGUGGAGGAGAAGACUAUUCAGUGUUGUUUUCAUUGCUGAACCAGUCUUCUCACCGGAGAUCUUUCAUUGAAUCUUCAAUAACCACAGCUAGACUUUAUGAGUUUGAUGGGCUAGACCUUACAGGGGCUGUGCCAAGAACAAGCAUGCACACCACAUCUUUGGGAACAUUUCUAAAUGAGUGGCGUGCUGCGGUGGAUUCUGAAGCAAAAAAGUCAGGAAAGUCAGGUUUGCUCUUGACAAUGGCACUUUAUCAUCAUAUGCAGGUUAUGGAUACGGUGACUGAUCCCAUUGACUCAAUUAGGAAGAACUUGAAUUGGGCUCAUCUUGUGGCAUAUGAUUACUAUCUUCCUAGAGAGGAAAACUUCACACACCCUCAUGCUGCUUUAUAUGACCCAAUAUCAAAUGGGACUAACACGGAUAGUCGUGUUAAGGACUUGAUAAGCAGAGGACUACCUGCUAGCAAGCUGGUUUUAGGCUUGCCUUACCAUGGUUAUGGUUGGACUCUUGUGAAUCCCAACGACUAUAAUGUUGGUGCAGCGGCAUCAGGUCCUGCCGUUACCAUAGACGGGUCCAUGGCCUAUAAGUUCAUCAAAUCGUUCAUUAAGACAUAUGGAUCUGGUGCAGUUCCUAUGUACAAUGACACUUAUGUGGUGAAUUACUGCACAAUUGGGUCAAGUUGGAUUGAUUUUGAUGAUGUAGAGGCUAUCAGCGCGAAAGUGUCUUAUGCUAAGAAGAUGGGGCUUCUUGGCUACAAUGUGUUUCAAGUUGGCAAUGAUGACAAUUGGGUUCUCUCUAGGGCAGCAGCUCAAGAUGAAGGAGGUCAACAGAACAAGAAACGGUUAUUGGUCAUUGUUCUGGUCACAAUUGCUAUGAUUAUUAUCCUACUGGGAACAAUGAUGCGUUACCUACAAAGGAGAGUACUCAAGUCAAUUGGGAUUACAGACAAUAUCAAAAGAUCAGUUUACAGGCUAUUGAAUAUAGUUCCAGGUACAGACAGUUUUGACAGCAAUGCUCCUAAUCUGCAAGUAUUCAGUUACACAACUAUCAAAGCGGCUACAAAUAACUUUUCGAGUCAGAAUAAGCUUGGAGAGGGUGGCUUUGGCCCUGUAUACAAGGGUACAUUAAGGAAGGGUCAGCAAAUAGCAGUGAAAAGACUUUCGAAAACUUCAAACCAAGGCCUUGAAGAGUUUCAAAAUGAGGUUACACUUACUGCAACGCUGCACCAUGUGAAUCUAGUUAGAGUUCUGGGAUAUUGCACCAAGAGGGAAGAAAAGAUGCUGAUAUAUGAGUACAUGCCAAACAAAAGCUUGGAUCACUACCUCUUUGAUCCAAGUAGUUGUAAUCUUUUGGAUUGGGAGCAACGUGUCCACAUCAUUGAAGGGGUAAUUCAAGGGCUUCUAUAUCUCCAAGAAUACUCAAACUCUACAAUAAUUCACCGUGAUCUGAAAGCAAGCAACAUUCUGUUAGAUGAUGAGAUGAAACCGAAAAUAUCAGAUUUUGGUCUAGCCAGAGCUUUCAGAAAGAAUGAACAUGAGGCAAAUACUGGUCGCAUUGUAGGAACAUAUUUUUAUAUGAAAUGCAGUGGCUAUGUUCCCCCUGAAUAUGUAAGAAGAGGCAUUUAUUCAAUGAAAUACGAUGUUUACAGCUUCGGUGUUCUGCUUCUGCAAAUCAUAAGUGGCAAGAGAAGUUCAUGUUUGUAUGGCUUAGAUGGAAAUUUAAACAUUCUAGAACACGCAUAUGAAUUGUGGAAAGAAGGCCGAGGCAUGGAUUUCAUAGAUCCAACCCUUGAUGAUUCGACUUCGUCUUGCAAGCUCUUAAGAUGCAUGGUGGUAGCCUUAUUAUGUGUCCAAGAAAAUCCAGUAGAUAGACCAUCCAUGCUGGAGGUUUCUUCGAUGCUCAAGAGCGAAAGUGCAGUCAUCAUUAGUCCUAAAAAGCCUGCUUUCUCGGUUAAGAAGGAUGAAGAUGAGGAUCAUAUGUACAAAGAAAUCUAUUCAGUCAAUGAUGCAACAAUGUCCGAAAUUGUGCCCCGAUGACAAUUCUUUCUGAAACAUACAUGUAAAAGAUCUGUAUAGUAAUUUCUUCUGUUACUAUGUUACAUCUAUAACUAAUUUCCUUGUUUAACAUCUCUUUCUUUCUUUCCA